CUGCCAGGUAAGCAGUGCUCCAAUGUUUCAGCAAAGAGCAACAUGAGCCGGUUGUUUGUUUUCCUACAUGAGUGUUUAUUUCUCUGCGAACGGCAGAGCGUCCUUUUGUCCCUCUGAGGGGGUAGAGGGGGGGUGAGUGCACACUUUGCUGGCGGUGCUGGAAGCUCACGUUUGACAGCCAGCGAGGAGCAUGCACGGCGGACGGAGCGACGCUCAGCGGCUGCCGUCGGCGGAGCGCCCGGCUGCCGGCAGCGGGAGGGGCCGGCCGCUGGCUGCCCCGGGUCCGGGCCGCCUCCAGGAUCUGUCCGGUGCUGAAAGCGGCCGCUGCCUCCCCACGUGGAUGCGCCUGUACUUCUACGGGAUGCACGGCAUCGCCCUGGACGUGCUGCUGUCCUCGGCGCGGCGCUUCGCCCGCACCGGCGACCCGAAGAUGCUGGGCUUCUCCUCGCCGGUGCUGGGCGUGCUGCACUCACUCGCCCACUGGGCCCUGGAGCAGCUGUACCUGCAGCAGGGGCUGCUCCGCGGGCGCCCGCUGCUCUUCCACCUGCUGCUCUACCCCUCGGUGUACGUGAGCCUGCAGGCGGUGCUGGCGGUGCUGGCGGCCGGGGAGGAGCUGCUGCUGCUGCCGCCCGGCCUCCUGCUCUUGCACUACCCGCUCGCCCUGUACCACUCGCAGCUCUUCCUCAAGCGCUUCCUGCGGCUGCGGUGCGAGCGCUCGGCCCCGGCCCCGGGCCCGGCCCCGGGCGGGCAGCUCCAGCCCACCGCCGCCCAGCGCCUGCCCGGCUCCCUGCGCUUUGUCUUCUACGGCAUGCACGGCUUCCUGGACGAGAUCGUCUUCACUUCCGUCUUCAACCUGGUGGAGGCGGCGGACGGCCGGCUGCUGGGCCACACCUCGCUCUGGUCCUUCCUCAUGUACGGCAGCUGCAGCUUCGCGGUAGAGAAGCUCUACCUGCAGCUGCACUACCGCUGGGGCUGGAGCACCUGGCAGAGGCUGCCCGUCUACAUCCUCUGCAUCUACAGCUGGGAGCUCACCUGGGGGCUCGGGCUCCGCCUGUACAACGCCUGCUCCUGGGAUUACUCUCACUACCCGCUCAACUUCAUGGGUCUCAUCACAUUGAUGUACUUACCCGGCUGGUUGCUGCUCAGCUAUUACCAGGAUGUGCUGUCCAAUGUCUUACUACGUGUCCACUACACCAAGACCAAAGACUCCAAGACUGCUUGUGCUAACGGGAAAAACAGAACAACUUAACUGGAGCACCAAGCUUCUCUUUUUUAAUAUACCUGAAACUAGGAGAUUUCAAUUUACCAUGGAGAGACUUUUUUAGAUACACGAUACAGAGUUACCGCUGUAUGUUUUAAUUUUGGAUAUGUGUUGAGAGCCGUAUACAAUAACCACUAACAAACUGAAGAAAGCCCAAUAUGCAGUCAAUGCAUGUUUCCAUUCGUAACAAUCUUCAAAUUGUGAGGACUGGAUGAUUAGCUGCUAGUAACUCAUUCCACUUUGCAAAGAAAAAGACCUAUAACUGGGGCUCAUCUGUGACCAGAAGAUUCCAUUCUGAAGACCGAGAUUAUGAAGCAAUUUCAGAAUCCAUCUCAGCUCUCACUUUUAAUGUGCUUGUCGUUUAAACAUAAAAUGGUAGAUUCGGCAACAAAUGCUGCUUGUUGUGGCAUUGUGAAACGCUUCUGCUCUGUGGGUCAGUUUUAAAAAUGGCUUGUUAUGAGCCUGUGCAGGUACAUCACUGCCAACCCAGCUGCUGCUACAAUGCAAACUCAGUUCAGAAAUCACUUACUUCUGAUCGAUAAGAUUAGCAGCUCGAACAAUUUUAAAAAAAAUCAAUUUCUAUUUCAAAAAAAAACUGACCAGUAUUUAGUCAAUGAAAAGGCAGCUGCAGAGGACUUUUUAAAAAGACUUGUUAUUAAUUUGGUGAUAGUGAGUCCUUUUAGGAUCAAAUGACUGGUGUGGUACUAACCAUUUGCACCAUUAUCUGAAUUCAGAAAUUUCUUAACAUGAAUAAUAGAAUUGGUUUCUUACUACUGUACUGCAGCAUGUAUUGUAUGUACUUCACAGUAUUUUUAGGGGUUUUUUAGCCAAAUGUUCUGGUUAAAAGAACAGACAAUUGUUUUUCCUAAUCCGUAAAAGACCUUGCUCUCACUUUAAUAACAUUGAAUAUUAAGGUUCAUAAUUCUAAUUGGAAGAGCUGAAUAGACACUACUUUUUAAAAAAAAUAUUCAAUUCUUCUCAGUAUGUAGACACUAAAUUAACUUCAUUAAAACAUAUACAAUGUGGAUUGUAAAGAUUGCAUUAGAGCUACGUAACUCCUUGAACACAGAAGUACAAGGGCAGAGUUCAAAUCUCUAAGAUCACGGACACUGUUCUGGCAAUGGACAUGUUAAUCACACAGGUUCAAUUUUAAUGCUGUACGGUUGUGUUUUAUUUGAAAUAUGUAUCAUUUUGUUGACAUUGUUUGAUAACAGCCAUGUGUCACUGAUAUAUUGGGAUACUACAAUAAUUUGCUUUAAAAAAAACUCUACAAUUUGGCUUCACCUUUGCAUUUAGUACAGUACAGUGAACAAAAGUAGUAAUUAUUGAUAGAGACUGUAAACAUGCUAAGCUAAGGCCACAGUUUAAAUCUGUACACUUCUGUAUCAGGCAGCUUAAGCAAAAAUUAAUCCAUACAUUACAUUAUUAAAAACAUUAGACUUAUAAGAAGUAGAGUGAGGACUGCAUUGUACUCGUGCUGCCAUGCUUUUCAUUGCUUCCAUAUUCUGCUGAUUUGGGAAUUAUAAUAGAUUAAAUAGAGAUUCAUGUUUUACAAGAGGCAACACUGCUUUGGAAUUGUGGCUUGCUAUGUUCCCACUCCUCCCUUCCUUUUCCCAUAUUCAAACAAGAGAUCAAAUGGGGCAAAUACUGAAGCGACCAAAGUGAAGAAGCAUAUAAUUCAUGUGUGUCAGAAAGAUGUUAUUUUAAUUCUAAAGAACAAAAUUAAAGAAGAAAAUCUAACAAUGGAUUACUGAAGUGUGUGGAUGAUAUCAACAUACACUGUAAACUAAUAUACUCAGUUGUUUUAGAUUAAUGCAGCAUCCUUUAGGAAUUGUUUCAUUUUUAAAGUGAGCACAAAACAAAAAUGUUUGUGACGAGCUACAAAUUUAACAAAGUUUCAAGGUACCAAUUAGAGAUAUAAUCUUGCUAACCACUGCCGAUGUAUUUUCAGGAUCUUAGGCACCAGCUCUUAGCUUACAAGACAAAGGUUCAGAUGACAAAGAUUCAGAUGACAUGAACAACAGUAAGAGUGAUUUAUGUUAUCUGAGCACUGAGACAGUAUCAUUGCAUUGUAAUUGAACAGCCAACGCGUGUUUACAGUAGCUGGACAGUGACUCUCUGGUGUUAAACAAUAAUCAUGGUAGUAGGUACAUUCAAUGGCACAUAACAUAUCAAAUUGUUUUGCUCCUAAAUUCUUGCCUAAUGCACAAUUUAGCUGAUGUGUCAGAGACAUUAAGCAAAAUUCCAGAGUUUUUAAUUAAACAAAUAAACUACACAUUUGAGGUUUGUGAAACCCAUUUGAAUUACGAUUGGACAGUUAAAAUAAUGAGAUUUAUCUCAAACUUCAAUAACAUUACAUUUCAUUAAUAUAUAGAAUUUUUAAAGUUUAGUUUACAGGCAUACACACUAACAUCUACUAAUAUGUAUCUACCUUUAGGAAAUAGAAGAAAAAAUUACUAUACUUGCAAAGAUCAGGUUGCUUCAGUUAGCACCGAUCUGAAAUAUCUACUUGGGAUGCUGUUGUACAUACACCUAAAAAUUAUUUGGAAUACUGAUCAAGAACCAGAACAGUUUUUCAAAAUAAAAGCUGAUAAAGAAGAGAUCUAUCGGUUUUUUAAACUAUGUUGGACACUUGGUUUUGAAUCAUACAGCGUAGAAAUUCGGCCCAUUUUGUGUCUGUGCCAGUUGUUUGAAAGAACUGUGCAGUUAGUCCCAGGACUCAGGUCUGAGCAGGGCGUUUACACAGAAUUAAGGUCCAGAAAUAGGCUAUUUAGCCCAAUGUUUUUGAUGCCAGUGUUUGAACUUCACAUGAGCCUCUUCUAAUGCAGUCUACAUAAUACCUCUUCUCAUCAUUCCCUCAUCAAAUGCUGC